UGCUACUUGUCACUAUUCGCACCACUCAAAGACACCGAGUUUGUCUGCUGUAGCGUGUUUGUGUGGUCAAAUUUCAUAAUGAGCCUUAGGAUUCUCUCCAGUUGCUGUUUUCGACAGGCGUCGAUGACAGCGUUUAAGAUAAAAUUAAGACCUUGCAAUAUUAGACUGAUUACAAGCAUUCCUGCUUCACGAGCUUUAGUGGACAUUUCACCCAUUCAGACAGCAGGCAUCAACCUUCAACUCUGUCGAUACAAGUCGAAAAAAUCAAAGAAGGGUUCAAAGGUACAAGAAGACGAAGAUGAUGACAACAAAGGGGAAGAAGAUGGUGAUGAUGGAGAUGAGGAUGGAGCAUUGCCAGGAGAGAAAGAAAGGAUCUUGAAGGUUGGUGUGGCUAGAACAGACAAAGUUCUGAAGCUUGCAACUAAUUCAGCUCGAAUUGUAGAAGAAGCAUUUCUUGAGGGGAGAAUCUAUAAAAAUGAAACUAAACUCUUAAAAAAAUCAGUUCCAAUACAAGAGGGAGACAUUUUGGAUGUGGAAUUGGGACCUGACCCCAAGAACCCAGAUUUCAUCAAAGUACAUCGUGUUGAAAUAAGAGAAAUUAAGGAGGGUGUGCACUCCCAUGUCAAAAUAUUGUACAGCAAAAACCUUACCAUCAAACGUCACAGCAGUUAAUAAUCAUUAACUUAACUCUUAUUUCAUUAAGAAGAAAUAGCCUGGUUUUCCUUUAACAAUUACAGAAUAAAUCAUUACCAUUAAUAAUGGGUCAACUUCA